AUGAGGACGGCAGGUGGACUCAAGGCCGUGUUGGCCGUGGCAGCACCGCUCCUCGCGUUGGCUACGGCCAACUCCGCGUCUGCUGGAGCUCGCGCCCCAGUAUCCUCGAUGUUGCACAACGCUGCUGCUGCUGCUGCCCACCCUCGCGUGGAUGCUAUGCAUGCUGCUGCUCAUGAGGAACCGCUCAUUUCUACUGGCGCUGAGGUUGCAGCAGGCGGAGCAGGGGAGACUGCCGUCGCGGUGACUGGAGGGCAGGCAGUGGAACAGCGAAGGGCUAGGGUGGGCGUGCUGGGCGUGCUGGGCGGAGCUCUGUGCCACCUGGUUCUGGGUACCACGUACUGCUGGGGGAACUUCGUGCCGUACGUGCCCGAAAAGCUCAAGUGCUUUGGCAGCGCCCCUGGCUGCUCCCACGCCUCCUACAUCCUGCCCGCAACCUUUGUGUCGCAAACAUUGGCUAUGCCGCUCGGCCCCUACUUCCAGGAGAAGAUCGGAUGCCAGGCGACCACGGCGUUGGGCUGCGGGAUUAUGGCCCUGGGGGUAUUCCUGUCAUCGUAUGCACCAAACCUUGCCAUCUUCAUGUUCUGCUACUCGUUCAUGUUCGGCUCCGGGAUCGGUCUCGCCUACACCGCCCCCAUGGUGAACGGUUGGAGGUGGUUCCCUAGCAGGAAGGGGAUGGUGAGCGGUGCCGUCGUAGCCGGAUUCGGGGCCGGCGGGUUCGUCUUCAACCAGGUGGGCACGGGUAUCAUCAACCCCAAGGGGCUCGACGCCGUCGACGGAGUCUACCCCGACGAGGUCUACGCUAACUUCCCCGUCAUGCUCCGAAAGCUGGCCCUCAUCUACUUCCUCGUGGCCGCCUUGGGAUCCACCGUCAUCAGGCCACCGCCCGUCGCAGCUGCUCCCAAGGGCGGCAGGAACAACAGGGGCCACGGGAAGGUGCAAGCGGCGGCGACGGGGACUAGCUUGAAGCAGGUGGUGAAGGACAAGAGGUUCUGGCUCAUGUGGUUCAUGGCGCUCAUGAUCGGCACUAGCGGUAUCAACGUCGCCAACUGCUACAAGCAGUACGGUGGGAGUGUCGACAUCCUCAAGUCGGACCAAUUCCAGUCCUUGGUUGGAUCGGUGGCGGCGCUGUGCAACGCAGCAGGGCGACUGUUUUGGGGCAACUUGCUCGACGUUGUGCAGUUCAAGUCAUUGUUCGCCGCUCUCGCGGUGCUUCAGGGCAGCGCAACGGCAUUCUACACGGUGCUGUCCCAGUCUAAGGCGGGAUACCUCGUGGGCACGGGCACCCUGCUCUUCUGCCUCGGAGGCAACUUCGCCAUGUUCCCCGCUCUUUGCUCCAAGGUGUUCGGGGGAGCGAUCGGGGCCAAGGUUUACGGCGUCUUGUUUACGGCCUUCGCUGUUGCUAGCAUUUCGGGUACCUUCCUCACCAAGAGCCUCAUGGCGAUGGACUGGACCUGGGAGCAGGUGUUCCAGCUAAUGGCGUUCUUGUCCAUGUGCUCCAUCACCGCUCUCCCCUUCUUUAAGAUGUAAACGCGCCGCAACAGGCGACAAUGUUAGUAGACCUCGCCGCAGCCGCCAGGCCUUG